AUGACGCCUCGCUGCCGAUCGAUCGGGCCUAUCGAGAGUGAGAGUCAAAAUGAAAGCGAUGCAGACUCCGACGGGAGCGCGAUCUUUACGGACAACGGAUCUGAAAAAGAUUCCGACAGUGAAUCGGAACCCGACGGGGACGAUACAGAUAAUGAGAGUGACUCCGGCGAUGAAUCGUUCAAUGAUGAGGGUCAGCUGCCCCCUGAACACUAUUUGGCUGAAGCAGAGGGCUUGGACGUCUCUCAACUUCGACAGAAGCGUUAUAGUGAUGGUACUCAGGAGAAACUCGAUCAAACCACUGUGUACUGGAACAGGUAUUGUGAACACCUCAACCUCAAUCCUCUGAAGCACUGGCAAUGGAUUUCAGACUCGGAUGACACGGUCCGUUUCUUGUAUCAAUUUUUCGCUUGGCGAUGUGAUAUUCGGCGGGGUAAAAAUGGUCGACACUGCCCGGGUAUCAAAUACAAGAGCUCGCUUGAGUCAUUCUGGAAGUGGUGGCACCUCAUUCUUAAACAAGAGACGGCGUCCGGCCUGGCCAAGGAGACGAUUAUCAAAGUUCAAGAUAUCAUUGCGCUAGUAGCCCAACAGAAAGGUCUUGAGCUCACACGACGGCCGAAGAAAAAUAUGUAUAUUGAAGACGUCGCUGAGUUCGCUCGUGUACUCUUGACCACCACAGAGACAACAUUUGAUUGUGGCUGGCAGCGCAUCCAGGUCCUUCUUUUCUGCCAACUCGCAGCCAUUACUGCAAGCCGCCCGGGCGCUCUUCUUGGCCUUCGCUACCGCGACAUCGUGCUGACGUUGAUUCGAGAUCCAGAAGGAGGACGCCCGCGACUCUUCAUCUAUCUAACUCCCGAGUUUACGAAGAGGUUUCUUGGAAAGAAGGCCCCAAAUGAGUUCAAAAUCCCAGAAAUAAUUUUCGACCCCACUUUGGCCCUCAGUCCACAUGUCUGCCUGCUGGGCAUGCUCUUUCAUAUAAAAGGCUUCAAGACGAGAUCCUCGACUGGACCGGUACUGGAUUGCCCGGAGAAUCUCUAUCGCCUUCGAGUUUUAGAAGGCUUGGGACAGCAACAGCUGAUUUUGAAGGGCGAGAUCUUGGACAAAUUUGUUUUCUGCCAGGUUACCCGGGAUGUCACCGGAUAUCGAAUCGACUUAGAGAAACAAAUGACGUCAUCGAUGGUGCGAUCUCGCAUGCGCCGGGUGGGCGAAAUUACAGGCAUGGAACUCAUUAAGCCAUAUAAUCUCCGAUAUGCCGGGGCCAAGGCUUUUAACAAAAGUGAGGAGGUAACAGAUGCCCUACAGAACGUCAUGUUGCAGCACUCGGACAUUCGCACUUUCAUCCGACAUUAUGAAGUGGAUGUCGAUGUCGACGUUCAGGGCAUUGUGCGGAAGACCGGGUCUCAAACUCCGCUGGUACGAUUUGCUUGUUCGUUGAGUGCGUCGAUUGACCCAGAUAGGCCCUUUAAGCUCUCAACCGAGGAAUCUAGGUCCCUUAACGACCUUCCAGUUGUUCGCGAAGAGCAGGGCAAGGUUGACGAACGGAAGCGCAAGUGGGAAGAUCGCCAAGCCAAAAGCGAAUGCGCUGAACAGGCAUAUCAAACCACCUUCGGCCAUCUUGAAGAAGGCACAAUUUCCGAGCACCAGCAAAAGUCUCAGAAGAAGCUGAGAGCCGUCCAAGAUCGGGCAGCGGAAGCUAAGCGGAAGUUCAACAGGGCUGUUCGUGAACUACGCAACCAGAAGCAGCGACAACGGAACAAACGAAUUCGUGUGAAUUUGGAGCGAUACAAGAACGAACAACCUGUUAUUGACCUGGAGCGACAGCUGGCAGGAAAGUUGGUGGAUAGAAAGGUAAUGGGGGCAUUGGAACACACCAGUUCAAUGCCCUCGGAGUUCGUGAUGGUGAUUGACACCAUGCUCACUGUGCCGGGUGCAACUGUGGAGGCGGAGUAUCAACGUCGGAUCAAUGCGAUAAAAGCAGUGACCGCUUUCUGUGGCGUUGAAGAAGGACGUCCUACGCCUCGGCUAACCCAAUUUCGUCGCCGGCUUGCCUCCGACGACAUUUCUUUUCCCCCUACGAAACGGCAACGUUGCUCAGAAGAAGAAAAGACUGACGCCAUUCUUCACCAAGCGAUCCAGUCUGUACGGAUUAAUUCUCACGAAGACCGACCUACCAUCUGCUUUCUCUGUGUCGGGAAUCCUAGUCUUUCGAUCAAGGACCGAGUCAAAAAAUAUGCAACAUCAGGCUCGCUAACAAGGCAUUUUCUUCGCAAGCAUGUGAACCCUCCCUGGCCUCUCAAGGGAGUUGCUUGUAAUGUUUGUGACAAUCUGUCUCUUGAACGGAAAUCAAUACUUUUGAACCACGCGAAGGAUGUUCAUGGGACAGUUGUGGGAGGUCGCGCUCAGGGGAAGCUUGCGCUCCAGUUGAAUACUACAACAUUUGAUAGUGCAGCAUGCCGACAUUGGCAACAUCUUUAG